GUCAUAUUACCUUACUUACUGUCAACAAUACUUAGUUCAGAGAAAACGACUCCACUCAGUUUACCGAUUGGUCACUUCUUUUGAGUCUUUCAAUCCAAUGAUCAGGCAGUCUGACAAAGCUACCGCGUGGAAACGCUUGCGGCUUUUUGAACACUUGACAAUAUCUGUUCUCUUGGAAUCGCUUUGUUAUUGGAGUCCGAGGAAGGUGGUCUUUUUAUACAGAUAAAUAUUUUAACCAUGGGAGAUUAUAACGCUCUAAUUAAAUAUGACAAUAUAGACGAAUGUUACUGUGUCUUAUUUAAAAAUCAAUAUGCUCUCGAAAGAGAAGAAAUCAAUGAGAUAUUUUCACAAUGUGGACAUGUUUAUAAAAUACGGCUUGCUGGAGACAACACAGGUUAUUGGUUUAUCAAAUACAAAUUCUGGGAUGAAGCUAAAAGAACUGUUGACGAUUUAAGAUAUCAUCCAAAGAUUAAACUGUCAAAACAUAAUAGCAAACAAAAAGAUUGUCGUACCACUGAGAAAAACCAAAAUAAUGGUCAAGGAAGAAAAGAAUGUGAUGGAACAAAAUUAUUCCAACAAUUUCGUAAACAAGCAAACAAUAAAAAUGAUAAAUCAGGAAAUUUCAAUGAAAAUGAAUAUCAUGGUAAUUUUAACAAUCGUAAGAAUGAUCUACCAUGGGGACCAAAAGGUGCAACAAGGAAUAAAAAACAAGAUCAUCUUGUUCAAGGACGAAACAAUUGUGAAGAAAAUUAUGAUGGACUACCAGAAUUAGUUGACCGUACUAAGAAAGUAAUGGUAGAGGAACAACAAAGUAUAGAAGAUGAAGUUCCUGAACUUACGACAACAAAUGGGAGAACAUCGACAAUAAGCAAUUCAAUAAAGAAAAUCAUACCUGCCCAUGAAGUGGUAGUAGCAAAUAUUCAUCCCCUUUUUGGUGCAUCUUAUAUUCUGUAUUUGCUUGAUCGUUAUAAGCCUUUGGCCAUCACUAAUAUAAUGGUAGAGCCAAAAACUGCUAAACGAUAUUGUUAUGUUUAUUUUAGAUCUGCAAAACAGUCACAGCAAGUGGAAAUUAAUUUUGACAAAACAUCAUUAUUAGACCAAAAACUAGUUGUAAUCAGGUCCAGUCAACUAACUGAAUCUGUACAUUAAGUAAAGUAAGAAUAUCAAUUGAAUAUAUUUAUAUUUUAUUGAUGGUUAGUAGAUUUACAAUGCUAUUUUUACAUUUUUGUGUUAUUUACUAAAUUUAAUUCUUUCUAGUUUAUAAGUUAAUGCAUGAUGGAACACAUUGAAUAUUUGUAUUACUAUACUACUAUAUUAUUUAAAAAGUGAAUGAAACUUUAAUCACAAUGUUAAGUAUUUUAAGUAGUAUCACAUUUUUUAUUAAUAACAUAUUAGCUAAUAAAAGUUUUUAUGUAACUUAAAUUAAAUUCUCUAAAUUUAAAUGGGCAUUUUACAAUUUGUUAUGUCAAAAUUUCGUAUGUCGUCUUAUAUUUAUUUUUAAUUAUGUAUAUUGGAAUAUGGAGUACUAUGACAAAUAAUUAGGGUAUUGUUCACUAAAUUUAUUGCAUAUUUUUAAUCAUGUGAUAGGUAUUGAUAAAAAUAAGUAUCAAAUUAAAAAAUCUUGUUUUUAUUACAAAGUUAUUUUCCUAAAAACUUUUUUCUCUUAAUCAUUCUUGAAAUAUAAGUGUAUCAUUCAUUUUUCUUUAUUCAGAUAAAUAUUUAAAUUAGUUAUUAUUAGUAAUUGUUGUGGUGCUGCA